AUGUCACUUGAUGAGAUGGUGGAGAUGGUGGACAUACUGUGGAGGAAAGAUUACGAUGGCGAUCAUGGGCCAUACGAUACCCCUAAUCUGAGGAAGGUCCAAAUAAUGGACAAAGUGGCGAAGAGUCUUUACCAUAAAUUUCAGGUCAGGAGAUCCAAGGAGCAGCUCCGAAUCUGUGAUAAUACACAGUCUACAGAUCAACACCAACUCUCCAUUGUGGUGACCAAGACACAAGACUACAACAUGAAAACCACAUUGAUCCUCGCUGUGAUCGCUGCCAGUCUUAUGAUGUUUCAGCUCACCUCUGCAAUUCCAGCAGUUUGCAAAUUACCUGCACUAAAAGGUCCAUGCAAGGGGUCCUUUCCUCGAUAUUUCUAUAAUAAACUGACAAGAAAAUGUGAACAAUUCAUCUAUGGCGGUUGUGAAGGAAAUGAAAACAGAUUUCUUACUAAGGACCUGUGCAAGAAUGUCUGCGAAUAUGCACAAGCAGAAGCAGAAGUAUUAAAAUUUAAAUAACUAUGGCAGAACUUUUGGCUAUCAACCUAGAAAGACCAGAGAAUGUUCCUGUUUUACAAGCGGAGAUUGCUUACUGAUAUUUUGGUGUAUUUGAUUCUGUUCUGUUCUUUCCAUAAUAUUGUAAUGGUUUUUACUUUCUCUUAAUCUUCAUUAUGUAUUGCUUUAAUCCUAAUUCAAAUAUAAAAAAAUUAUGAUAUAAACUCAA